AUGUUGAGAACAAUUGUGCGUCGUGCUAGUACAAGCUCUAAAGUGCACGGUGUCAGCGGCACGUACGCAUCCUCUCUGUUCAAUAUCGCGUUGAAGCGGUCGCAGCUGCCAUCGGUUGCUGAGCGGUUGGCCAAGUUGGAGUCUAUAGUGACGAAACCAGCUAUUUCUGCUACUUUGAAAAACCCUACUUUGUCUCACGGGGAGAGGUCUGCAGUGGUGAAAACUCUUCAAGAGCAAGUGGGUCCCGAUGAGACUGUGGGGAAUUUUUUGCAACUGCUUGUCGAAAACAACAGGCUAGGAUUGUUCUCUGCGAUCUACGAGGAUUUUGUCACACUAAGUAACGAACACUCCGGCGUGGUUACUGCCAGUGUCACUUCUGCGAAACCGUUGGAUGCCAAGUCUCUGAGGAGAAUCGAGACUGUGCUGCGCAAUUCGAAGUUUGUGAGUGGGAAGACUGGCGGUACACAAAACCAGUUGCAACUGGAAAGCAUCGUUAACCCGGACAUCAAGGGCGGUGUGAUCGUAGAGAUCGAUGACAAGACCAUAGAUUUGUCAAUUGCCUCGAAGAUCCAGAAGCUAAACAAACUGCUGGAGGAAGAUAUUUGA